AUGGACGCCGACCAGCAGCAGCAGCAGGCUCAGCAGCCCCCGGCCCGCCCCGUCCAGGUCAAGCUCGUCCUCCUCGGCGAGUCGGCCGUCGGCAAGUCAUCGGUCGUGCUCCGAUUCUGCCAGAACGACUUCCAGCCCAACAAGGAGCCCACUAUCGGCGCCGCCUUCCUCACCCAGCGCUGCCGCCUCGAGGACAAGGUGAUCAAGUUCGAGAUUUGGGACACGGCCGGCCAGGAGCGCUUCCGCAGCUUGUCGCCCAUGUACUACCGCAACGCCCAGGCCGCUGUCGUCGUGUACGACGUGACCAAGUCGGCGUCGCUCGACCAGGCCAAGACGUGGGUCAAGGAGCUCCAGAGGCAGGCCAACCCCAACAUCGUCAUCGCGCUCGCCGGCAACAAGAUCGACCUCGUCCGCCCUUCCACCGACGACGAGCCCUCUACGCCGACGGGUGCGGCCGACAUCGAGACGGGCAGCGGCGAGGACUCGUCGUCGAACGACGACGCGACCGAGACGCCCGGCGGCGACGAUGCGGCGUCGGCUGCCGGCGGUGACGAGGGCCCCGACGGCGGCAAGCCGAGCGAGGCGCGGCGGCAGGUGUCGCGCGAGGAGGCCGAGGAGUACGCCAAGGAGUGCGGCCUGCUCUUCUUCGAGACGAGCGCCAAGACGGGCGAGGGCGUCGUCGAGGUCUUUACCGAGAUUGCCAAGAAGAUCCCGCUCGACGCCCUCAUGGCGCAGUCGCGCGGCCCCGGUGGCGCUCGUGGCGCCGCGCGCGGUCAGGCCGGCGCGCCCGGCGUCAACCUGACCGAGAACGAGGCGACCAAGAAGGACGCCUGCGCCUGCUGAGGGCGCCCCCAACGAGUCUCUCAGGUCUGCAUCCGCCGUCGUCGUCGCGCGCUCUCCCCUUCUGCACGGAUCUCUGCCUCCCUACCCUGUACCUCUCGUCGCGCCUCGCUAUUUUCAGUCAGUCUGCCUUUGUGUGCAACCAGUCUCUUUCUCUGUG